UGCUUCUAUAAAAACAAGCAGUUUUUCAAUUUUCACUCUCCGACCUCAGGCUCUCUCUUGCCCGAGAUUUUAGAUUUUGGGUGUAAGCGUAAAGGCAAAAGGAUGGUGCAGCUGCUUUUGAUUUUAGGGCAGGGGUUGGUUUAUCUGCUCUACGCACUGAUUUUCAGCGAAAUGGUGCUGAUUAUGACGUUGCUGUUUGAUGCUCCUAUGACGAAAACAGCGAUCUUGGAGUUGGAUAGUUUGAAGCUAAACCAAGGAAAGGGUCUAUUGAUUGUGAAGAUUGUCACUGGAACUCUGUUUCUGGUUUUAAUGGCUAACUUCUACAGUCUCCUCCGCAUAACUAUGAAGAACCGAACCAACGAGGGCGGUGGGUUAAACCCAACAGAGGAGGUUCUCAAGUCCAUGAACAUACUACAAAUUUCUCUAAUUGGGAUUGUGCUGUUUCUUGUACUGAUGAUAGAUAGCUUGCACCAUUACAUAAGAGGACUUCCUUCACUCGUGAUGGCCAUGGAGGCUGCAAAAACACAAAACCAAAGUUUUCGAAAGGAGAAAACUGAAAGUGUACAGAAGCUUAACACCAUGGUACAAGAGAAGGAUACAUUGAGGACAAAGCUCAAGUAUCUGGAAUCUGAAUGCGAGAGCGAAGCAAACGAGGCAAACAAGGCAAGAGCCGAGGCAGAUGCCCUAAGACAGGAAUCUGAAGGAUUCUUAAAAGAAUAUGAUCGAUUGCUCGCAGACAACCAAAAUUUUCGGAACCAGUCGAAAUUGGUUGAACAGAGAUUCACCAAGCAAAGCAUAUCACACCCUAAUGACAAAAAGAACUUGUAAGGGAGUUGUUAGUUACUUUUUUUCUUCUUAACUUUUUGUAUAUACCUCUUUCAGGAUGCUAUAGUAGGCAGAGAAGAAAAUGAGUGCACUUGUGCAAUUGGACCAAUAUUUGUAUGUAAAGAUACCCAAAUGAUGCAACAAUUGAGUUGAUAGAAUUUGGGUCUCUUAGUAGAAACAUUGCUCUUUGUUCAUAUGACAAAUACAAACCAUAACCAUAACUCAAUGAA